AUAAUCGCUGAAGAGAAGGGAGAAAUAUUUCGAAAGUCGCUUCGCAGCGAACGGGGUUCAGAUAGUGAUGACAUCGAAGAAAUAAGCAGCGACGCUGAAAAUCACAGAAAGACGAAAGAAAGGAAAACAGACGAAGACGCUGUACGUGAAUCCAGUGAAAGAGGAAGAAAAGAAUCUCGUAAAAAGGUAAACCUGUUACAACAGUUUUCAUUUUUUUUUUACACUGAUAUAAUUCAGUAGAGCCAAGAGGAUUUAAUGGGAAUCCCCUUUAUCAAAAGGUUUGAAACGAGCCGUUUACGGCUUACAGCUUCACGUCGAGGGCUAAGGACAUUAUUUUUCGGAAAAAAAGUGCAAUUAUAAGUUCCCCCCCCCCCGCAAAAUCGGGACGUCAUAAUUAAUAUUAUUAAUUGCCUGAAAGUUGUCUUUCCAUGUCUAUCUUUUGUUAGGCAUCUGCCGAAUAUUUGACCUUGUUGUGCUUAACUUAAAAGGUUACAGAAAUUAUACGUAAAAACACUGACAUCUUUAGACUAUCGGACUUAAAAAUUCUUACCUAAUUUCAGUUUGACACUUAAUUGAAAGUUUCAGCCAAUUACUAAAUCUUCGUAUAAAUAAAAACUACAAUCUUAGGCAUAAUAAAUAAAAUGAAAUAGCAAACCCCCUUCCUCACGAAAUCGAGGGAACAUCGGCUAGAUUUGGGCGGGGGAGGGAGGUGUUUCUGAUAACGUUGGCUUUUGUUUUUUCAUUAGCAAAUGACAAGUUCACAUCAUAGGAAAGGACUGGCUUCCAGAGAUUGUACAAGCAAAAACAGACAUACUGAGAGAAGAUCGAAACGUAAAAGUCCUGAUAAAGAGGUACACUUUUAAAAAAAUUCCAUGAGUUGUAUGGUAGUAGGUAGUAGGUACUGUUAAUCUUUUUAAAGUAAUUUCGUCAACGGUGAUCUAUGAUACUCUUUUAAAUGCUAGUUUUCGUGCAGACGUCUUUAAAUAAUGCUUGGCUGCCAUUUUUAAUCUGGAAAAACUUUGAUUUCAGCCCAACCUCUAUACCUUUGGCAACACCUAAAUCACGUUUGUAUAAGCCCAGUGGUAUUUUUCCUUCCUAAUAUGUCUGUUAGACCGUUACAGUGUAGUAACCUGGGUAAAUGGAAAAACAUGGCAUAAUUUAUUGCAAAUUAACUCAAAACAAAAUGUUAGUAACUGAUCAGUAGAUAAUUAAAUGGAUUAAGGGCAGAGUUAUGACAUCAGCCUUUAAUAAAUCAAUAACUAUAACUACUAAAAGACAAAAAUGGCUUUGAGUUUAACAUUCACAAGUAAAUGCAUUAAUUUCAUUUAUUUCAGGACCGUAACAGCAGAAAACAGCAUCAUAAUAAUUCAAAGGAUUUUAUCAUUUCAAAGAACAGAAUAACUGUAAGAAAAUUACCUCAUUUUGUCAGAAACGUAAACUCUACUGUAAACAAACAAUCAAACAAAACAAUUUGUGGCUUUUGCUUUUAACUUGCCUUUUUUAUUCACAGAGAAGUUUAGGUAUCUACAACAAAGCAAAGAGAUCUGACACUGUAAUGAGAGGUAAGAACACAGGCAAACAAGUAAAAACAAUAAGUUCAAACCUCUCUGCAAUGGCCACAACUUUGGGGAGGGACAGAAGUAAAUAAGCAUUGUAGACAUGUUAAUGUAUAUAUCUGUUGGGACAAAAAAGUGUUUUCUGUAGAGAGAUGGUCUUUAUGCUUGACUUUCAUAUUUUGAAGAAUGCCUUCUCUGAAGAAGGGAUUUUUUUAAUGCUAAUUACAGUGGAAAAUACUAUUUGUCACGUCUCUACAAUGGCCUCUUUUUCUGUCCAAACAGAUACAAACACCCCCUUUUUGACAUCUCUACAAUUGUUACUUACUUCUGUCCAAGAAGGUGGCCACCGUGGCAAGUCUCAAUAGUUUUUAAGAAGAGACAAAAGGGUAACGAUGCCCCUACUUCCACUCCUGCCAAAAAAUGCCUUUUAAAUGAAUUCAUUCAUUGUUACCUUUAGUCUUUUUGUUUUAUGGCAGAGAAUCUCAAGAAGAAGUUCUGUAAAAAGGUUCGUUACUUAAAUGUCUACACCAGUUAGUUGCACAUGGCAGUAACCAACUCAAAAGCCUAAGCUCCUUUGGUCAAAUGCACAUUUUUGUAGUAACCUCUUGAAAUGGUGCAAAAAAUAAAAAAUCUGAAAUCUGUUAGUUCUUAGGAAAAAAUCCUAUAAUUGUAAUUAACUCUUAUGGAUAUUACAAGCAUCGUAAAUGCCAUUUAGAGUGAUUUUAAUUAACCUGUGAAAUAGAUAGUAGAAUACUAUGCACCAUUAUGCACUAAUUCUAUUGUCUUCUUUUAUUUAUUUGCAGCUCUUUUGCACUAGUUGUUAUUAACUGUUUCACGGGUCAACUGAAAUCACUCUAAAGCAAAAGAAGAGCAUUGUUAUACUUGCAGAAGUGUUAGAUAAGGAAUAUGUGGAAUUUCAAUUUUUUUUUUUUUCAUUCAGAAAUUUGAGGACAUCAAAACUCAAACUGCAAGAGAUAUGGCCAGGGUUCUGGACUGUUCCUCAUUCAAAUUAGAGUCACCAUCUUGGAGUGCUGGUUUGCUUGAUGGGCAAGGUAAAUGGAGAAAUCCAAAAUGUUAAGGGCCAGUUAUUUAAACAGAGUGUAGCCAGUGUUUAACAAAAUCCUGCUCUUAGACUAAAAAUGCAUUUGUCCUCUUAAAAUGACCCACUAAGGAAGAUAUCUGAAGGUCCAAAGAUUUCCUAAAACAAUAAAUAACUGAUCCUAUUGUUUUGACUGAUUAGAAACCUUUAUUUCGGGUGUAGUGUGCAAAGUGCACUUAAAACAUAGGAUCUAUUUUAGUAUAACGUUGAUAGAUAUUACAUUGAUAUUUCCUCUCACUUGUUUCCAAUGAGUGCAUGGAAAUUAGUUCUUCUCUUAAACAGUGUUAAGGAAACCAGUAAGAUUUUGCUCCUGGAUUUCUUGUUGCACAAAACAUGUUUUUUUCUUGGGUUUUACAUUGAUACUUCCCUCCACCCCAAAAUAUUAUUAAUAAUAAUAAUAAAAUAAAAUAUACAUUUUAAUGGAAUCUAUUCAGAAUUCAAAUUUAAGGUUGCAGGACUGUCUGUGAUAUAUAACUGCUGAUUGACUGAUCAAUUUUUUUUUCAUGUAUUAACUACUAGAUUCUCCAGACAAUUCCAAUUUUCCAGGUUCAGACCAACUGUAAGUUGAACCAGUGAUUACUUUCAGCAAAGACAUGCAAUAUAAUUUUUAUCAGGCGCUCUUAGGGUUUAUUAAACUAAAUAAUAGUAAACUCUCCUUUGUUCUUUUUUAGAACACAGAGUCCUUCAGGAAGCAAUAGGACUCACAGGUAACAAAAGUUAAAUCUUGCAAUACAGUAAAAACCCGCGUAUAAGAACCUAACAUUUAAGAACCUGUUAGGCUAAAAUUUCAUUUUUAAGCACCCUUCACAUACGAACCAUUUUAGGCUAAAAUCCUAAAACAGGUUCUUAUUUUCAAAAAAGAAAAAAAUAUAUAGAAUUAAGCAAGAUUUAUUGACAAUUAUAGUGAAGGUUACAGUACCAUAGGUUUGAUUGUAACAGAAUCUAUUUUGCUUAACGAAGCCUCCAAGAAUACUGUUUUUGGACAUUAAACACCAGAUCAUUUAAAAAUUCAGCUUUAUUUCUUGAACAAAAGUUAAGAACCUAAUUAAGAACCUAGUUAGCCUAAUUUUACACUUAAUACCAUUUAUAUAAGAACCUGUUUAGGCUAACUUGGAAAAACCUAGGUUCUUAUACGCGGGUUUUUACUGUAUUAUUCCUGAAUACCUCACACUGAACUACCAACUCUGUUAACAAGAUUUCUAUACAAUACUACCAAUGCACUAAAUGCAGCUUUAAACAGCCUCUGUAGCCUUAAGGUGCAGUGGAUAACUUAAAAAGUAUUUGCUACAUGUAAGUUACAUCAUAUUUCUCUAAUCAGUAUCCUCUAACAGUGUAGCGUAAAACCACUGAAUAAUUCCAGCACGUUAACUGUGCUGAGUUAUUUUGUCAUCAUGUGUUUCAUAUGUAAUCUCUUAUCUUUUACUGCUUUCUUCGUCAUCAAGAAUCAUUAAUUUUAUUUGAAAAAUAUUCAUUUUAUACAGUUCCUGCAGUUCAACUGGAAAAUACAGCAAUCCUGAAAAAUGUAGAAUCACUCCUCUUCGGAGAAUUACUCCACAUAGAAUUACACCUCAUAAUGAAACAGCGCUGGCUUUCAAGGUAUGUGUAUGUGCAGGAUUGUCAUGGUUACUGUCCACACUACCUUGAGUCUCCCUCCUUUUAACCUGGCAUCUUCCCCACACAAAACUACCAGUAAGUUUAAUUAAUUGCUUGUAUAUUUCAUAGAGUUUGUAAAUUAAUAGGUUGGAUAUAAAUUUAAUGUAAAUAUGUAAGGAGCAUUUGAUCGUAUUAAUUUGCACCAAGUACAAAGAGCAAUAAAUUAUUAAUAUGUUUUUUUUUUUUUUGGCAGCAUGUUCUUUUAACAGCAAAGAGUGGUACUGCUAACACUUGAUAUAUGACAUUUUAGUUGUUUUGUUAUUAGACACCAUUACAAGAAAUAUCACAAACCUUAACAGGAAUGCUUAACCCUUCAGAGACAUUUCAUGGAAGAAGUGAGUUUAUUAUUCACCAUUAUUUACAUUUCAACCACUGAUUAGCAAGGGACAUUUAAAGUAUGUGGGAUAAUUAAAUCUGUUCCUUAUAAUCAAUGCAUAAGAAAGUUCAAGUUGAAUUACCCAUGUAAAAUAGUAAAAAAAAUUGUAAAACGUUAAUUCUUACAAAUACAAUAGAGAUGUAAAUAAUGUAUUAUACUAUAAUUCAAUAUUUAGUACAGUUUUAUGCCAGCCACUGCUAAUACCCUUCCCAUUUACCUAGACUACCUUGCAGAACUACAAGGACAGCUGAGAAAAAUGUACAAACAAAGGUAAAUAAAUACUCUUCAUCAUGCAGUGCUCUGCAAAAUUACGGGUUGUUGCUCAGUUUGUUGGGAUUUUCUCCAGUGCUCUAUUUCCUGUUCACAUAACAUGUAACAUAGUUUUUUAAAUAUUCAGAUGCUGGCAUGUUUUUGUUUGCCGGUACAUUUUCAUGGAAUUGUGUGUAUUAAAAUUUAUUUUCUUGUUCAUUCUAAGUUCUGUCAGCAGUCAGGCACAAAGGAUAAGCAACAGGAUCUGCAUUGCCUCAGAAGUUCAAAAACGAUGCUUGAAAAGGAAAUCUGAGGGUAAGUGUAACAACGUUAUAUCCAAUAAUCACUGGAGAAAGUACCUGUUAAAGUUCCAUAAUCUUUAUGACCCUUCUCUUCAAUAUUUUUCUCUUGAAGGAGAAUAUGUAUGUACAAGCCUUGAAAGAACAGCUCCUCAAACAGUGAAACAACAACCUAACCCCUGUUUGGUGGGGAGUGGGGAACAAAUAAACACACCUGCCUUCCAACACAGGACAAGUGAUGAUAUCAAAAAGCACAACAGACAAAUACAAACUGUUACUUCUAGAUGUACCUGUACAGAAACGAAAACAGGCAGAGGAGCAUCUCAAUCAAAUAUACAUUUCAAGUUCCAGGUAAAAUUUAUGACACUUACAAGCACAAUUUUGCUUCCUUUUUAUGCUUCACUAUUUCUGAGUAUGCAGGAAUGUUUUCUGAACUUGAAUGUUAAUACAACUUAAGUCAAGGCUUCUGCUUAAAAUGAAACUUCAAAUAAACUUCAAAUAUGAAAAUGCAAAUCAACUUCGAAGGGACCUAUAACUUCAUAACAUUAAAUUUUCUACUUUUGCAGGAUAAAUAUGUGAGUGGAGUAAGCAAUAGAGAGAGAAAGAUUCUUGACGAUGAAAAGGAAAAUGAUCUUUUAUAUGCUAGGGAUGUUCAAAGAUGUUUAUUUGAGCAACCAGAUGCUCCUUCCCAAACAGAAAGACACACCCUGGUGUCAACUCAACACAACUCCUCAUUUGACAUUUUAGACUUUCUUGAUGGGGUUGACCAUGAAUCAGACAUAUCAGGAGAAACUCAAGCACACAGAGAUUAUAUGACUCCUGACCCAAAGCUUGUUUCACCACCAAAGAAACCAGCACUAGAUUCUCCAACACCGGAGAAGAAAUUCUACCCUCAUAAGCUGUUCUAG